AUGGAGAGAAGAAUCGAUUUCAUCCAUGAGAGCCUUGGAAACAAAUCUGAAGUCCUAUUCAAGCAAGUGAUCAAGCUUGAUGAAGACAUUAAGAAGUUAAGAGAGGAUCAUGAUCGAUCUCUGACCCUAGUUAAGCUUGAUGUUGCUUCCAAAUAUCAAGAGUUGCUGAACAAGAGCAUGAGAAUUGAAGAUACUAGCUAUGGCAAUAGCAAACAUCUUGGAUCAAUCUACAACCGCCUACAAGCCCUUGAAGGAUCAUCUCAUGCCAAUUACAAGAGAGAGAGGAGUCCAACACCCAACCACCCUCCCUUUUAUUGCAAUGCCAUCACAAGAAGAAGCACUACUCAAGUCCAUGAGGACAAUGAAGAAGAAGAAAGAGAGUAUGAGGAACAAUUGAAUGAUGAAGAUGAAGAGCAGAGCAUCGACAUCAAUGCUUCCCCAAAACAGAGCAUGGAUACACCUAGCCCUAGAGACCCUCGUUUCUCACCAAGAAGUCAAGCUUCUACACUUCCAAGACUGGAAGCAAUGCAAAGACCAUCACCACCUACUGAAGAAGAAGAUACUUGGCAGUAUGAUCCCAUUGAUCCCAACAAGAUAAGCCCCAUGAAGCUUAAAGAGUUCAAUGCUAAGGUGAAAUCACUUCCAUUCUAUGUCACUUUUGAAGAAGCUUGGGAUAAACAUGGUCUAGUGGAGUUCUUUUUCACAACUAGUGAAAACAAAGAAGAGAUACACCAACUUUUUCAGAAGGCACGAUUUUUGCCCCUCAUGCAGUCAAUCAACCACCAUCACCACCAUCAUCACCACCACCCAGUGCCAACCUUCAAGACCCUCUACAAGAUUGAAGACCCAGGUCAAUUCUCUAUUCCCUGUCAAGUAAAUGGUCAUUACUUUGAUAGAACACUAUGCGAUUCUGGCUCUUGCAUAAACCUCAUGCCAACCCAAACCGCCAAACUCCUUGGCAUCACACGCUUGCAACCUGCUCAAAUUAGUAUUGGACUUGCUAACCAUACUAUAGCCAAGCCAAGAGGAGUUGUUGUUGAUGUUCUUCUAGAGAUUGGAGAUAUCAAGAUCCCGGUGGACUUUCAUGUCAUAAACAUUCAAGGAGGAUGUGACACACCAUUGAUACUAGGCCGACCCUUUUUGGCCACUGCUGGAGCUGUCAUGGACCUUCCAAACGGCGAAUGUCCUUAG